CAAAGACUAAAAUGGGUCACACUCCGGAGAGAAGCAGCAUCCUCUCCUCCAUCAUGUGAUGUAGUUCGUCCUCCUGCUGCUGCUCACCGGACCCGGUAACGACGUCAAUCGGAACAACAACAGCAGCCGUUGGUCGGUCCCGGUUCGGCUUUUAACGGACCACGGUUCGUUCCUCCCGGGAUGGUGACGCUUCUUCGCGGGACUCGCCUGCAUUGAUUCGGGGAUCUUUACCGGACGGAUGGACGCGCCGAGUUAACCGGAGGCCCCGCCGGUAACCGCAGGACUCGGGCUGAAGUCCAGCUCGGAGGACUCUGGACUCUGGCGACCAACGUGCAACCAGCAGAAACACAUCUGGACCAUCAGAACGAGACAGAGCCGCUUUAAAGAUUCACAUCUGAGGGACUUCAUAACAUUUCAAAUCAUAAUAACAAACCCUGCGUUUGUUUCACUUUGAUCUAUAUUUAAUCAACAAAUAAAGUCGGUUCAGUGCUUAAAUAAAAAUAAUAAAUAUGAUGUUUAUCUAACAAAUAACUUUUCUUACUUUCCGAAUUAAUAAAAGGUUUCUCACCUUUAACAAAGCAUUAGGUUCAUGUUUCUGACGUCAAUAUUCACGCCACCUUCCCCGUUGUUGUUGUUCUUGUUGUUGUUGUUGUCCCAUGAAUAAGCCAUGAACUAAUGUCUUCAAUUAUUCCAACGUCACAUGAAUGCAGCGUCAUAUUGCUUUUCCAUUGUAUUUAUUCAUAUAUUAUAACAACACAUAUUAAUGCAUGUAUAUCAUAUGUAUUUAUACAUUAUAGUCCUUUUUAUCCUUUGAAGUGUCAGCGAUGACUCAGCAGAUUCCUCCCCACAGACCUCAGAUCAGCCAUGACUCCUGCGGCGCGCCCGCUGCUGCUGCUGAGCAUGCUGUUGAUGAUGACAUCACUUCCUGUGUCCGCCGUGGAGCCCGAGACGUGUUUCUCCAGACAGCACCAGAGCGCCAUCGUGAACGUGCGGCAGGCGCUGAGCCGUCCGUCCUCGGCCACGAGCGCCCGCCACCUCCAAUCAGAGCGCGACUGCGUCCUCGCCUGCUGCUCUGAGGACGUGAAGCCAGGCGCUAAAUGCAACAUGGCCGUGUUCAACGGAAACAAGCGCGCCGGAGAAGAAAACUGCUUCCUGUUCCACUGCCAGGCGGAAGAGGACUGUCCUCUGAUGAAGGCCGAGGGCGGGGUCAACACCUACGACAUCUACAAAGGUUUGAUUCAUCCGAACACGGUGAGACCUGUUACCAUGACGACCACCACGGAACAAACCACCACCUCCACCACACUGGCCCCAACUACACCCUCAACCACACCCACCACAACAACCACCACCCAGAGUACAACAACAACACCACCAACCACAACAACUACAACCGCGGCUCCAACCACCGCGCAAGCUCACGCCACCACAACACCGCCUUCACCCAUCAUCAUCAUUGCCACAAUGGCUCCAAUAACUGCAGCACCCAGCCCCUCCACCACCUCCACCACCACAGCUUCUACUACAACUUCUCCACCCACCACCACCAUCACCGUGAAGAAGCCAAACAAAACUAGUAAAAAGCAAAACAAAACAUCAAAGAAGGUGAAGCCUCAUCCUGCCGGCACCCCAACCUCCGCCCGGCUGACACAGAGCUCCACUGUGACCUCACUUCCUGUUGACACAGCCAAUGGGGAGGCUGCACCAAGAACCACCAACAAACCACAGCCCAAAACAGAAACCACUUCGACUACUUCAACCAUAGCUCCCACUACUACUACAACUACCACUACAACUCCGACUCCAACCACCACUACGACCACCUCUCCUACUACUUGUACUACUAGUACUACCAGUACUAGUACUCCUACCACCACCACUACGACUCCUCCUCCCGCUGCGACCUGGUCCGCCUCGAGGUCGACUCCGGAGGAGAGUCCAGUCAUCGUCCCAAAGGUGGCCCUCCAACCAGACCACUCCCUCCACCCAGGCCACACCCUCCAGCCAGACCACACCCUCCAUCCAGGCCACACCCUCCAGUCAGACCACUCCCUCCACCCAGGCCACACCCUCCAUCCAGGCCACACGCUCCAAAUAGGCCACACCCUCCAGUCCGACCACACCCUCCAUCCAGGCCACACACCCCAACCAGACCACACCCUCCAUCCAGGCCACACCCUCCAGCCCAAUCAGGCCCUCCAGAACUCCAGCGCAGGCCGGGGGAAGGCGGCGGGCUCGGCAGCCCGCGGGGCGCUCAAGAGCGGCGCGUUGGCGUUCAUGGUGCUUGGGCUGGCAGCGCUCACGCUGGCGCUCGCUGUUGGCGGCCGCAAAGCGAUGGAGUCCUUUGAUCGGCGCCACUACACCCGGCUGGAGCUCAACGACCUCCACUACGAGGUUUGAGGCCGCCAUCUUCGGUCAUGGUUGCGCACGGUCGCGGGACGUCUCCUGCGCAGAGAGCGCUCUGCCCCGAUUGGCCGAGGGGCCGUGCAUCAUGUCUCGUAACCGCCAGGCGGCGUCCUCACUUCGCUUGCCUUGUCGCCGUAACGUGUAACCAGGACAACCGGAGCGGUUCUGAGAGAUAAUGAUGAAGGACUCAUAUUAAUAGGCUUCAUUUAGAGACACAGCGCCGGGCUCAGAUAUUUUAGCAUUUAGUUAUUCCAAAAUUUAUUCUAAAAUAAAAAUACAUCACAUGACAAAUCAAGAAAAAAGUGAUCUCAAAUUUUAAUAUCACUAUAAAUGUGUGUCUUUAAUCAUAUUUGUCUUCACAAUGUUUUGACUUUUCUCACUUAGUAAGAGAUUUCAUGAAGUGUGAUCACGCGAUGUGACAUCACACGUCACAACGUCACAUGUUAUGACGACGUUAUUACACACAAGAUGAAUUAUUAGAAUGAAUGUUCUUAUGAAUAAACUGAGCAGCUUCUCAGUGGAACAGGAAGUGACUGAUGGAUGAACUCUUGAUCAGCUGAUCGAUUGAACUCAAACUACAAACAGCAAUAUUUAUAUUCCCUAAAUCUCAGGACGCCUGUGAGGGGGCUCCUUUUCUUCAUCACCUUCCUCUCUUCCCCCUCCUCCUCCUCUCCAUCUUCCGCCUCCUCCUUUUCUUCUCCCUUGCCCUCCUCUUCAUCACGAGUCCUGCAUGUCCCCUCACGUCCUCGUUGAUGCUACUUCUCACUGUGCUGUUUUUUCCCACUAUGAUGAAGUUGGGGCCAAUGGAUGAUGAUGAAGAUUUAAAUCAAUGAGGAAGAUGGAACCCUCCAAAGUCGAUGCACUAUUGAUUUCUGGGUGUUUUUGAUAAAUAUGAUCUUUUUGAAUAUUGGAUUGUUUUUGCACUAUUUUCCUAAGACGAGUGUGUUUGUACCUGAUGCGUCCAGCAGGGGGAGCGGCCCCCCCUCUCUUCUGCUGCCCCCAUUAUUGCUUAUUGAUUACUAUUAUUAGUAUUAACGAUGGUCACUGUCUGGUCCUGUUUUGUGAAGUGAUACUUUUGCAUAUGUUUGAAACUUGAUGUUUUGUUCUAGUAAGGAUUAAAACAGUGAUUUUUGAA